UCUUCGUACUUGUUUUUUUUUUUGUUUUCGCGCUACUUUGUGAACCCUGACGUGUGUCAGUACAUCCACCAUCCCCUUUUUUAGUUUUCAGCUUUCUUUCGAUGCUCAUUUUGAAAAAAGGUCGUGAAAUAGUUUCAAAGAAGAAAGAAUAAAGAUUUUGCAAAAACAAGCAAUCAAAUAUUUGCAUUGAAAAAAAUCAGUCACGCAUACAUAAAUACAUACCCAAGCGGCGGCAUUUGCAAAGCGGAUAUAUCUAAAAAACAAAGAAGCAAAAAUUAUAUCGAAAAAAUGGAAGAUGUGAAAAAGCGUACCCGUGAUGAAGAUGUUGAAAGUGGUGACGAAGGCGCAAUUGCUACGACUGGAAACAGUAGCAGUACGACUAUUCCGAAAAAGCGCGGUCGUCCUUCCAAUCCAGAUAAGGUUAAGAAGACGCCAAGUGGCAGAGGCCGCGGUAGGCCAGCUAAGAAUUCUGAUGACGGUUCCCCGACCGCAAACGGACGUGGUCGUCCUGCUAAAUCCGCUGGUAGACGUGGGCGCCCGAAGAAACAAGAUAACGAAGAGGAAGCUGGCGAUGAUGAUGAAGAUAACCAGAACGAUUAUAAGAAAAGUGGUAAAAAACCAGGCCGUAAGUCCAAAACACCGAAGAAAGUUGGAAGACCAAGAAAGGCGGAAAGUGAAGAUGAUGAUGAUUUAGAUUCUGGUGAAGAAAAGCGUGUCACAGGAAGAGGACGAGGUAAAAAAGCCGGCGCAGUAGCAACAAAACGUUCAGCCACAUCUGCUGCCAAUGGUGGGGCACCGAAAAAGCGCGGUCGCCCAUCAAAAAAACCAGGAAAACCCGGUCGCAAACCUAAACAGCCGGCUUCUGGCGAUGAUGAUUCCCAAGACAAGGACGAAAAUGACGAUAUUGAGUCAUCAGAUGAUGAACCAAAAAAAUCCAAAAAAGAUGAUACUGAAGACGAAACGGGUGGAAAUAGUAACGAUGACGAGGAUUUGGCAGAUGGUGAAGAAUCUGCCGCUUAAAGCCCUUAUGGCGUAAUGUAGAUGUAAAGUUGCAAAAAGCAGAAUCAUGUAUAGUUAUAAUGUAUGUAUAACUGAGCUGAUCAUUAAAUAUAAACAUAAAUGUACAUCUCUUCAUAUGCAUUUAUUAGCAACAAUAGUAUGUAAUAAAUUUCAAAUGUUUUAAAUAAAGUCAUCGGAAAGUUUCGUAUGUA